AUGUACAUUCAGACCACCUCGUUGGACUGGAGUCAUUCAGGGCGCCUUUCGUCUAUUGCUCUGCGGCAACGAGAGAAGUGCAUUCUUUUACGCCUAGAGAAGUUCCACUACAGAAUCAACUUUGCCAAAGGUAUCCUCGAGAGCCGCAAUGUCACCUAUGACAGGAGCAUGCGCAAGCUGGCGAAGCCGCUCCCGCUGGACACGCCUACUAUGAUUGAGCUGGCGCCUGGAAACAGCAUCCGCGUGACUCUCAUUGAUGCAAAUCACUGUGUUGGCGCUGUCAUGUUUCUGAUCGAGGGUGAUGAUAAAGCAGUACUAUACACCGGCGACAUCCGUGCAGAGACAUGGUGGGUCAAUUCUAUUGUCCAGAGUCCUAUGCUGGCACCCUACGCGCUCGGACUUCGCCACCUCGAUUGCAUCUAUCUUGACACUACUUUCGCAACCAAGCGUUCCCCUUAUAAGAAUUUUCCUUCGAAGGCGGAAGGCAUCAAGGAGCUGCUGGAGAAGGUCAGCACUUAUCCAGACGAUACGGUUUUCUACUUCCAUUCCUGGACAUUUGGUUACGAAAACGUUUGGGUCGCUUUGUCGUCGUUCCUCAACUCAAGGAUUCAUCUUGACGACUACCGUACACGCAUCUACGGCUCCUUGUCAUCGCUGGACAGGAAGAGUCUAAGAGAAGCUGGUCUCGACGUGCAGAGCGAAAACAAAUUCUUGAAAGAGAUUGGUAUCGAGAUACGCGAAGCAGCUGUGCUGUGUGGGUUCAGAAACGGCAACCACAUGCAACCUGGCUGCUUAACAUCCUCAGAGAACGUCCGCAUACACAGCUGCGAGCGCGGCAUGGGCUGCAGCAUCCUCGACAGAGAUACAGAUGCGAGUAUCGUACACAUCAUACCUAUCAUCUCCCGCUCAAACGGCAUUGAGAUUGCCGAGUCGGGAGCCGGUGGUGGUAAAGGUGACCUCGACCAGAAAGAAGAGCUCGAAACAGGCGACGUUGCUGCUACGGGGAGGCUGAUGGAACUGUGCGCUCAGUCCAUCAACGAUCCUGAGCUACUCUCAGAGGUGCUGAAGGUACUGCAGUACGCCUUGACUACGGGUAGCGCCUCCGUAGAUGUUGGUCUACAAAUGCAGAAAGAGAGCCAAGUCAGCGAAGAUAGUUUGUCUCUGCAGAGGUUCGUCGCAGCUCUGUCAUCUCACGCCUCCAAAUUGCUGCAAGACAAGCCUGAGACUCACCGGAACAAGACGAUUCGGUUCCCAUACUCUCGGCACUCCUCGUACUCUGAGCUCUGCUGGCUUGUCGCUGCCUUCAAACCACGAGAAGUCUUUCCAUGUACCGUAGAUGAAGCUACGUGGACUCCAGAGCUUAGUAUGGAAGCCCUCUUUGGCGAGUACUGCUCAGCGCAGAGUUUCCGUCACGAUACCAAAAUGAUGCGCAUCUUCAAGGCUAGACAGAUGUAUAGCGAGACGCCGAAACGGGAUCGAAGUGAAAGCCAGCAAGAUACUCAGUUCGAGACCCCCCCUGAGAUUACGAUUCCGAGUGUGGCGAAGCCGAAGAUCGCAAAGAUCGAGUCUGAGAUGCGCCCCGGACCGCCUGUCGCAGAGAUAGAUGAGACAAUCGCAAAUGUUAGUAAGGCCACCGUUAACAAUGUGAACGCACAUCCGGCAGACGCACCUAACCCUACACCUGCAGUUCUACCAGAGCCCGAGCCAACGAAGCAGAUCGCGAAUGAGGGGUUGACUUCCACAAUUGUGGGUGAUCGUCUGAGUCCACCGUCGAGCAAGGCAAAGUCGUCAAGACCGGACAGAAAGCGCAAAAUGACAAAUAUGCACCUGGCCUACGAGGCUGCAAUUGGGACAUGUUUGACUUGGGCUGAAUUCGGCGGCUUGGAGUCGACAAGGAGUAAUGCAGCAAGGAGAGAAGACUUGUUGUAA